GCGGUAGGACCCGGUGGUCAUCUGGAGGCAGGGAGCAAGAGGCACAGAGGGAAACCCAUAGACAGCGGCUGGAGAAAGGAAGAGAAGGCAGGAUCGCUGUGGGCAGGGGAGGAAGAGACAUAGACGGCGGGCACACACACACAUACACUCAUACAGCUGAUGCACAGGAGGAUGAUCCAAGGCUGAAGACUGCAGAGCUGACACUGACAUCCUGCAAGCGGCGGCGACAGUCCCCACAUCCCAGGGUGGCAGCAAGGUGACAAGAGCACUAGCAGCAGCAGCAGCAGCACUACUCUCUCCUGCCAACCAUCAGCAGCAGCCGGUUCCUCCCAUCCCUCCAUGCAAUCAAUGGGCUGAAUCUGCAGCAGCAGCAACACUACAAGCAAGAGCAGCCUUAUCCUUCCCCACCUCCUCCUCCCACCCUCUCCCCCUCUCUGUCUGCUCUCCUCCCUUCUUUCCUCUCCCUUCCCUCUCCUGCUCCCCUCGGUGAUGGUGAGGCUUCAGCUGGCUGUAAUCCACCACUAGGCCCAAGCCCCCCUCCCAACUCGGUGGCUGCCCUCCUCUUCCAGACUCAGCUCAUUAAUACCUCUUGCAUCCAUAAAUAAUAAAAUCUUGCUGCUGCUGUUUUAAGUCCACAUUCAAGUGCGUAUUGUAGGCACACGCAUAUUGCCGUCAUGAAUGAUAUAAGCAUUGUGAAGGAAGGCUGGCUACACAAAAGAGGUGAAUACAUAAAGACCUGGCGCCCCCGCUACUUUCUCCUCAAAACUGACGGUACUUUCAUUGGGUACAAAGAGCGUCCACAGGAUGUUGACCAGUUGGAAACUCCUUUAAAUAAUUUCUCUGUAGCCAAAUGUCAGCUGAUGAAGACAGAACGACCAAAACCAAACACAUUUAUCAUUCGGUGCCUCCAGUGGACCACAGUAAUUGAAAGAACAUUUCAUGUGGAUUCUCCAGAGGAGCGGGAAGAAUGGAUUCAGGUCAUACAACAUGUAGCCGACAACCUUAAGAAACAGGAAGAAGAAAUGAUGGAUGUUCGGUCCGGCGACUCUCCAAGCGAUAACUCUGGAGCUGAGGAAAUGGAAAUUUCUCAUUCAAAACCAAAACAUAAAGUUACAAUGAAUGAAUUUGAGUAUCUGAAGCUUUUGGGGAAAGGAACGUUUGGGAAAGUUAUUCUAGUGAAAGAGAAAGCAACAGGAAGAUACUACGCUAUGAAAAUUUUAAAAAAAGAAGUUAUUGUUGCAAAGGAUGAAGUAGCCCACACGCUAACAGAAAACCGCGUCCUGCAGAAUUCUAGGCAUCCCUUCCUAACAGCAUUGAAAUAUUCCUUUCAGACACAUGAUCGCUUAUGUUUUGUGAUGGAGUAUGCCAACGGAGGAGAGUUAUUCUUCCACUUAUCAAGAGAACGUAUAUUCUCUGAAGAUCGUGCCCGGUUUUAUGGGGCUGAGAUUGUUUCUGCUUUAGAUUAUCUUCAUUCUGAGAAAAAUGUAGUUUACAGAGAUUUAAAGUUGGAAAAUCUAAUGCUGGACAAAGAUGGACACAUAAAGAUAACAGAUUUUGGCCUGUGCAAAGAAGGAAUAAAAGAUGGAGCAACCAUGAAGACGUUCUGUGGAACACCAGAAUAUCUUGCUCCCGAGGUGCUAGAAGAUAAUGACUAUGGUCGUGCUGUAGACUGGUGGGGCUUGGGCGUAGUGAUGUACGAGAUGAUGUGUGGGCGCCUCCCUUUUUACAACCAAGACCAUGAAAAAUUGUUUGAACUUAUCCUUAUGGAAGAAAUUCGAUUCCCACGCACUUUAUUGCCAGAAGCAAAGUCUUUGCUGUCUGGUUUGUUGAAGAAGGACCCUAAGCAAAGGUUAGGUGGCGGGCCAGACGAUGCAAAAGAAAUCAUGCAACACAAAUUUUUUGCUGGAAUUGUAUGGCAAGAUGUUUACGAGAAGAAGCUUAUACCCCCAUUUAAGCCACAAGUAACGUCAGAAACAGACACAAGGUAUUUUGAUGAAGAAUUCACAGCGCAAAUGAUCACCAUAACACCGCCUGACCAAGAUGAUAAUUUAGAAUUUGUGGACAACGAGAGAAGACCUCACUUCCCCCAGUUUUCAUACUCCGCUAGUGGAAAUGCUUAGCUCUACGGCAACGGUUUCUUUUCCAUUGCAACACAGACAUCAUUUUGGGGCACGUCAGAUCAUCAGACUUUGUACAGGACUUUCAAUAGCCUAUGAAUUACAAACUAUGUUUGUAUGACCAUAAAGAAGGAUUUAAAAGAAUGUCUGAAAAUGAAGUCUGUAUGUGAACCAGUUCUCUCAUUUCCACAUUUGCAAAGAAAAACCCCAGGCCAUCCUCGAAAGCUCUCGCGUAUGUAUCGCAGUACAUACUCACGUCAACGUUGAUAUUAUGUGUUGGAUGUUUCCACACAGUCUGAGAAUGUGCUCAUCAGCCGAACAAAUGAAGAGUGAGCCUAUCACAUGAAUUAAAGAAUAAAUUUAAUGUCUCCAUGCCCCGCCCUGGUUAUCUCGCAACGUCGGCAACAUUUUUGCUUUUCUUUUUUUUUUAUUAUAAUUAUUUUUAAUUUAUUUCAUAGAUUUAAAUAUUCAAACUGUGGGCAAUUGGAUUGUAGUUAGGAAAUAUUAAAAGGUAUAGUAGUGCAAUAAUAGAAAAUGAACAUGUUUUGAGUACUUUAGUCACUUUUUAUAACCGUGAAAUGUCAGUCAAUGGCAGACCAACAAGAGGACCAGCAUUUAUAGCCUCAGUGAGGUAUAUAAUCAAACAAGAGUUCUUUUCUUGCUGUAGAAAGACAAUACAUAUCAGUCAGGCUUAGCAAAGUGAGUACUUUUCUUCUCCAGUCACUGCACUAGUAGCAUGCUUGAUGAGAGUUUGGGUUUGCUAGUAAAACUGCCAGUACCUCCACAGCUAGAAUCCCUAAUGGUAAAUCUAAUAUAGCCAUUAUUUUCAGGCUACUACAGUAGAACAGGGAUGUCCCUCACAGGUGUCUGGGUUACAGCUCUCAGCAUCCCUGUUCACUAACACCUCAAGACCCCACAACACGCCCCAUCCUUACUGGAGAGCAUGUGUCUAAAUAACUACUCAACCAACAAUGAAACCCUACCUAAAAGGAAACUGCAGACGUGCUUAGAAUACUUCACUGUCUGUUCAGAAACACAAAACAAAAUAAAAACUAAGGGGAAAAAAAAAAGAACACUACACCUCUACGAAUAGUGGGAAAAUUUCUUGUGUGUUUCAAAGUCUUUUCGCUUUAUCGCAUAACGUUAACGAAAGUCUGAAACCGUUCUUGUUCGGAACUACAGCUUGAAGCUCUAAAAGGUGUUUCAUGUACAAAAUGAGAGGUCUGGAAAGUGAAUUAAAAAAAAAAAAAUGCUUGUGUGUUACAUUUAGGGAGUUAUAAGAGAUGUCAUUUAAAGCUGCGUACUCCGGAAAAACAAUGGGUUAUUCAGUCAUUGCGCCUCUAUCCGCCCUUCCAAGUUAAGGCAAAAUUAGGUGAAAAUACAAGUUGCAUUAAUAACAGAAUCAAUUCGGUUUAAAUAUUGAUGGACAUAUUUAUGGACAACCUCUCGGAGCUUGAUAGGCAUUUAGGCAUAUGCGGUUAUUCAGCAGGCCGAGGAAUCGUUUCUUGCUGUUUAGGGCUCUAAUCGUAUAUAGAAACUUGGCAACCUUAGAAAUCUCACACUGUCAAUACUGUCCUCAUACAACCAGGAACAUGACAGGGUUAAUAAAUAGGCCAGUGAUAAUACCAGCUUCCAUACUUGUGGCACAACCAGUAGGUAUUUGCAUCUUCUAAUACCUUGGGCUCCAUGAUCCUAUUAUAUAUUUGGAUAUUUGGAGUUCCCAAGUAUAAACUGUAAUUUCUUGUGUCAGAGGCAAAUUGGAGAGGCUUCAAAUUGUUUUUUUUUUUUUUUGCCUCCCUCUGGAUCAACUGGCAGUUAGGCAGGUUAGAACAGAGUUAAAAGUUUGAACUUGAUGGACGUGUGUCUUUUUUCAACCUAACUUACUAUGUAGAAAAGCAUGGUAAAUCCUUUCCACUUUUUGCAACUUUGUACCCGUCCAUGCUAUCGUCCUCAUCAUUUUUAUAAUUAGACCCAUCCAUUCAGAGCACUGAUGGCUAUCCUGUUGUACCAUGACAGUUGCAUUGAUCUGCGAUCAUGCUGGGAGGGUUAUAUUUUGCCAGAGAUAAUCCAGCAUACGCUAUAGAUGCAUGGUUGGCCUGAUUUCAUGGAAAGUUAUUUGAAGCCUUGCUGCUGCUUUCUACAUCUGUUAAAAGAUGGUGCUCUCAAAAAGGUUUUUGAUCAUAUCAUUAUCGGACAAUCGGGCGUUUUACUAUAGAAUGACUGAGCACACUGCUGGAAAUUGAAGAAAAAAUAUCCCUAGAGCACUUUUCUGUAGAUAGGUUCUCGGAGCCAUGUAACUUCCCUGCACCGGCGUUCUGUGCAAGGCAUUAUCCUCUGGAUUUGUUAUUGUGAUUGACACUUGUGCUUAAUCCGCGUUCUACCUAAUGGCAAUAUUUAAGGGAAUUGAUGCAGGUUUUUAUAAGCACCAGGUUAUACCAUGUGUAAGUUGUGGGGGAGAAGGAAAUCUGAAAGUUGGACCAAGGGCUGAGAAUUAUGCAAAUGAAUUUCAGCAAAGUGAAAUUAGAAUCACGCUCUGGCUAAUUGGAUUGCAAUAUCUCAAAGCAAGUAGCAAUAAAAACGGCCACAUUCAAAACCGUGGCGUUAUCCAGAGGGACGAAUGGCUGCUGGAUAUGCAACUGAAGAGAAUAAAGCGAAGCUUUUAUAGUCAUUGAUUAUCCAGACUUUGUUUUAAACGGGAAAAAAAAAAGAGGGAAAAACAGAAAGUCGAUAGAAGUUUGUUGCUUGAAAGUGAAGUAUAAUCGAAUCCAAAGCAGUGUGUGUAGAACUGUCAUUGAUCCAAUGGCUCUAAAAAAAAACUAUCGCCUUUUAAUUUUGACAUUUAAUGUAAUUACCCCACUGUACAUAUUAUUUAAUAUUUUAGACUAUGCUCAAUUUUCUGUUUUUUUUAACAUUCCUGAUGCGCGUAUGAUUUCCUUGCAAAUGAAUGAUCUAACAGACAGCGGAACAGCCCAAAAUGUUUUUAUUCUGUACCGUCGCUGAAGCACAUAGAAAUGUGAAGUUGAAAUCCAUUGAUUCCGAGUUUUAUUUUUUAACGGUAGAAUAUUAGAUUGUGGAAAGGAACUAGUACAGACUUGUGUUAGCAAAUGAGAUAGGAGAAACUGCAACAACAACAAAAUAAACUGCAUGCAUCUCUCUGCUCGAAACUCUGGUGACGGCACUAAUUCAGUUUGUUGGACCCAGCCACCAGUUCCUCUAUUAGACAGACAUUGACAUGUUCAAAGGCUUCCCUUUAGGUAAUGUAUACAGGGAUGUUUCAACAACAACAAAAAUAAAGGGCAGAAUUUUAUUUCUAUUAUAUAUUGAAGGACCAUGGGGGAAAAACAUUGCUGGCAGCACUUAAUUAUGUGAUAAUACAGGUAAAAGUAACAAAAUACAAUGACAGUGUUUUACCAAAUUAUGAAGACAGAUACAUAAUAUAAUGGUGUUAUAAGUGAAGAUCGUUUGUUUAUUUUUUAUUCCAAGUGUAACGUUCCCCAUUUUGUAUUGUUACUUUUAUUAUUUUUUAUAAAACCAUUCUGAACCUAUGUCUUUUUGCACAUGAAUGUACCUGGUUAUAGAUUGUCUUUCUCCUAGACUUUUUUUUUUUGUUUCCAUUAUUUUUUUUUUCUCUGUUUAAAUAUUUACUGCAGUUCAUUACUAUUAUUUUAUUAUGUUUAUUUUAGAGGGGAACACGUUUAAAAAAAAAAAAAAUCUUAGAUUUCCCAAUGAAUUAAAAAAAACAAAAAACAGACAAAUUGCAAGAGCCCUGUCAUGACUUUUUUAAUGUUUAAGCAGUAGCAUUUUUACUUACCACAAUGCAGUUUCCCCUCUUGAUGCAUAAAAUAAAAACUGCUUUACCCAA